AUUGGCGAUUUGAAACAUCUACGGUACCUUGACCUUUCUUACACUAAUAUUAGAGGUUUGCCUGAAUCAACAACCACUCUAUGCAACUUACAGACAAUGAUUCUGAAGAAAUGUUCUUAUCUAAAGAAAUUGCCGUCAAAUUUGGGCAACCUGAUCAACUUGCGCCACCUCAACAUUCUCGGUGCAAUUAAGCUGGAAGGAAUGCCUCCUCAAAUAGGUAAAUUAACUCAUCUCCGAACAUUGUCUAAUCUAAUUGUGGGAAAAGGCAGCUGCUUCACUUUAAGAGAGCUAGGUUCUUUGUUGCAUCUUCGCGGAACACUCAUCAUCUCACAAUUGGAGAAUGUCACUGAACCCAGGGAUGCAAGCGAUGCUAAGUUAAUUGAAAAGACUGAUCUUAUUGCGUUGUGCUUGGAAUGGAGUAACAGAUUGGAUGAGUCACUCGACAGAACAAGUGAAUUUGAGGUACUCAACAUGCUACAACCUCACAAGACUUUGAAAGAGCUCACUAUCAAGUGUUAUGGUGGUAUGAAAUUUCCAACUUGGUUAGCAGGUCAUUCAUUUUCUCAUAUGGUGGCUUUAACAAUUGAAAAUUGUAAAAUGUGCACGUCAUUGCCACCAGUGGGCCAACUACAAUCACUCAAACACCUUUUCAUUAAAGGCACGGCGAGGGUGAAGAAUGUCGGUCAUGAGUUUUAUGGGGUUAGUUGCUCACAACCUUUUGAAUCCUUGGAAACUUUGUGUUUCAACAAUAUGGAAGAAUGGGAGAACUGGAUCCCUAAUCAAGAGUUUAGAAACCUGCGUAAGCUUUCCAUUACAAAUUGUCCCAAGUUGUUGGGGAAGUUACCUAACCAUUUUCCUUUACUAGAAAAUGUUUUGGUACGAUACUGUCCGAGGUUGGUGGUUUCAAUUUCAAGCUUUCCUGAGCUUUGCAGACUACAAAUUGAAGGAUCCGAAGGGGUGAUGCGUGAAAAUAAGGUUGUCUUCAACUCACUAAAUUCCAAGUCCUUUUCAACAAUUUCAGAAUUCAAAUCUCCAAUAGAAGGGUUUAUUCUCGAAGGACUAACACAUGUAGAAAAACUAAAUAUUGAAAAUUGUGAGGAGUUGACACAUUUGUGGUCAAAUGAUGUGGGAUUAUUACAAUCCCUCCCACGUCUUUGUAACUUGAAGAUUUGGAAACCAUUUUCUUCGGCAGAAGAAGCAAAAGAGCAACCAAAACAGGGUAUGCCAUCCACCCACAAUGGCAUGGAAUUUUUACCCAAGGAAAUCAUGUACAACAACACGUGUAUUGAGCGCAUUGAGAUUAGUGGAUGUGAUUCACUGAAGCACUUUGCAAUAGGCCAGCUACCUCCAAUACUUAAGCGGCUAUGCAUACAGAAUUGCAAGAGUAUGAUAAUUUUACUUGAUGAGGAUGAUGCCAAUAGUUGCAGUACUAGCACAUCUCUUCUUGAGUUCUUGGAGAUUUGGAAGUGUCCAUCCCUCAAAUUCUUAACAUCUAGCGUAGAAUUAUUGGCAACACUUAAACACCUCGAUGUUAAAGAUUGUGGACAGCUGGAGUCAAUAGCGAAAAGUGGAGAAUUGCCUGCAACACUUCAACACCUUGAGAUUCUGGAAUGUGGACAGCUGGAGUCAAUAGCGAAAAGUGAAGAAUUGCCUGCAACACUUCAACACCUUGAGAUUUUGGAUUGUUCAAAGCUGGAGUCAAUAGCGAAGAGCUUCCAUCACAACUCGUCUCUUGAAAAGAUUCAAAUUAGGUGGUGUAAAAACCUUAAAUCCUUACCCACGGGCAUACACACCCUCAGCCAUCUAGACACGAUUGAAAUUCGUUCGUGUCCAGCUUUUGUUUCCUUCCCAGACGAAGGGUUGCUCCCUAGCAACCUUAGAGAGUUAACGAUUGAUGAUGAUAUUGCCCUACCUAACUGCAUUCACAACAUCACCUCACUUCAAAAUUUAUACAUUUGGAGGUGGAGUCCAAGCGUGGCAAGCGUGGUAUCAUCCUUUUCGGAAGAGGGUUUUCCCGCCAACCUAACAUCACUUACAAUUGGGAAUUGCAACUUCACUGAGGCCUUGCUUGAAUGGGGGCUGCACAGGCUUACCUCUCUUCAACAUCUUUCUAUUACAGGUGGAUGUCCUAAUGUGGAGUCCUUUCCAGCUGAGAAGAUGUUGCCUGCAUCUCUUACUACCCUCACCAUCUCAAGCUUCCCCAAUCUGAAAAAUCUGCCUUCCCUUCGAAACCUCACCUCUCUUGAAAAACUGUAUAUCGAAGAGUGUGAAAAUCUCACAUCCUUUCCAGAGGAUGGCUUGCCUCCCUCACUCCAGGAACUCAGCAUCAAAAGCUUCCCCAAUCUGAAAAAUCUGCCUUCCCUUCGAAACCUCACCUCUCUUGAAAAACUGGAUAUCGUUAAGUGUGAAAAUCUCACAUCCUUUCCAAAGGAUGGCUUGCCUCCCUCACUCCCGGAACUCACCAUCAGAAGAUUCCCCAAUCUGAAAAAUCUGCCUUCCCUUCGAAACCUCACCUCUCUUGAAAAACUGGAUAUCGAAGAGUGUAAAAAUCUCAAAUCCUUUACAAAGGAUGGCUUGCCUCCCUCCCUCCAGAGACUCAAAAUUAAAGACUGUCCUCUGUUGAAAGAACGCUGCAAGAAGGAUAAAGGACAAGAGUGGCCCACGAUAGCCCACAUCCCUUGGGUUGAGAUUGAUAAUAGGUUCAUCUAUGACUCAGAAGAGGAGGAAUCAAAGUGAAGGGCCCCCCUACACUCAGUUGCUCUGUUUUAUUUAGAUGCUAGAGAAGUGCCAAGGAACAAAUCCAAGAGCCGUGGGCGGGUCCACUAUGCAAGUCAUCGCCAUGAGCCACACAUCACGCUGUUCAAGAGGCCUCUAAACUGUUAGUAGCAGGAGGAGAACAUGCGUCAUCCCCCACAAAUAUACUUGUAAUCUCUCCAACUAGACUUCAUAUUUUCCUAAGAAACAAUCUGGAUGUUUUGGAACUUAGAACAGGUGUUUGUUGAAUUGCCUCAGCGACCAAGCAGAGAGUGAAAGCCUUCGAACAUUGAAUUUUUUCAUUACUAUGAGUGCCUUUGUUGGCUUGACAAAAGAGAAGAAACCUUUGGAACCCGAAGUGUUCAAUGAAGAAAAUGUUGGUCCUGAACAGGAUAAUGAUGGAAAUAUUUUGCUCCUUUGUUUUUUAUGGUUUAUUCAUUGAUUAAAAAAAAGGGAAUUAACUUUAUUGCAUUGAAGGAACCGUGCUGAUCUAGUUACAUUUCUCUCAGCGUCUUUCAAGCAAAAUUGGUAUGGAGAAGAGGAGGGAUUAUCUUUAUGUAGUAUUCCCAGGAACAAACUGAUCCAGAUUAUGAAUAUAAAGAGUUUCAACCAGAAGAAGACUUCCCCAAUCACCCUCACUUUCACGGCACUUCUUCUACACUCAGCAGCCCACACAAGGCCAGCCUCUCAACUCUCAAUGCAAUCUGAUUGCUGCUUCCCAAUACAAGAUGAAGGCCGCCAUUUGUCAAGUAUUCCUGCAUGUCAGAUGUCCAUGUUUUCUGCUGGCUUUCAUCUCAGCUCAGCACACAAUUGUCCAGCUUCCAUGCGCUUUGUUUUCCUCUUGGUUUUUCUGUUAUGUAAUUUAAUAUGUUCAUUGUUUUCUGUUAUGUAUUUCAGUCCUCUCUUCUCUCGUAAAAACACACGAACCAUUUGGCUAUAUAAAUACAUGGUACUGCACUGUUAUUGGUUAUGUAACCAAAACAGUUUUCCUCUAAUCUUUCAAUUAUAUGUUUAUUCUCAUAUAACCAGAGUAGUUCGAGUAUAUGUUUAUUCUCAUAUACCAUCGUUGCGCCCUUUUGCGCUUUUAAUGAGAUUGCAUAUAUUAGAUGA